AUGGACGCCUACGAGGCCACCAAGGUGGUGUUCUCGCGGAUCCAGGCGCUGGACCCGGACCACGCCGCCAAGAUCAUGGGCUUCCUCCUCAUCCAGGACCACGGCGAGAAGGAGAUGAUACGCCUCGCCUUCGGCCCCGAGGCGCUGCUCCACACCAUCAUGGCCAAGGCGCGCAAGGACCUCGGCCUGCUCCCGGCACCGGGCUCCGGCCCGGGCACGCCCACCUCCGCCGCGCACUCGCCGUUCCUCCUCUCGCGCCAGAACUCCGGCCGCAGCGGCGGUGGUGGCGCCGGCACCGCGCCGUCGCCGCUCUCGGUGUCGUCGCCCUCGUCGUGGGCACCGCCGCCCGUGUUCUCCAGGAGCAACAGCGUCGUCAGCAAUGGCGCGGCGGCGGAGGAGGCGUUGGCCGCCGUCGGGGAGGACCUCAUGAGCCCGGCCGCAGGCGGGAACGCCCCGCCGUCGCCCUUCUUCGCCGCCGGGGACCCGCUCCUCGACGAGCUCCAGCUGCAGGAGCAGCUCGCGUUCCUCAACGACGCCGGCGGCGGCCACCAGCUGACCCUGUUAGACGCCGCCGGCGAGUGCCGGAGCCCCGGGUCUGGCGAUGCCGCCGGGUUCUUCCCGUACGGCGGCCUCGGCUGGGCCAACGGCGGCGGCCCAGGGCACCGCCGGAGCUCGUCGGUCAGCGAGCUCUGCCUCGGCGGGGCCGACGGACUCGGCUGGAAGCCCUGCCUGUACUACGCCCGCGGGUACUGCAAGAACGGCAGCGCUUGCCGGUUCGUGCACGGCGGCCUCCCCGACGACGCCACCGCUCUCGCCGGUGCUAAGGACACCGCCACCUUGGAGCAGCAGUUCCAGGACAUCCUACUGCGCUCCAAGUCCCAGCGCCUGCCGCCGCCGCCGCCUUCCCCUACUCCCCCCGACCGGCUCGCUCCCUGGCUCCCCGUCCGCGGCUACCAAGUGCCUCAGCUUGCUCUUGCAGCAGCAGCAGAACGAGAACCAGAGGUCUGCCAUGCAUGUUCGAGGAGCUAG